AUACCGCCAUUUUAAUCAAUAGUCUUUCAUUACCGAUGAUAUGAAUUUUCCAUGUCUAAUUUUGGUUUGCAAAGAAUUUUGUUUACAAAUUAAUCCAAUUUCACUGAAUUAAUAUUUUUGCUAUUUCACAUUUUCACUUGACAGUUCGCUGGACUUAUAAAGUGUAUUCUUGUUGAUAGUGGACUCUGGAACUACAGUUUGUUUUAUACGUUUGGAAGUUUGGAAUUCUGUAAUAAUUUUAACUAAACACAUUCUGCACUGUGUACUCUGAGAAUUUGUGUCUGCUACUUUUUGGAUUGUUCCGUCGUUAUUUAGUGGAUAUUACGUGUGCCGUGUAGCUGUGUUUUAUAUUAUUGUGUUUGUGGUCGUAUACUACUAUUAUUAUUCUUUCUAAUAAAUAUAUAUCUUUUUAUUGUCAACAGUGCACAUAAGUGUAUGUGGAUUAUUAUAAGUUGUACUUAUUUGAAAAAAUCACAAGUGCAUAAUUUUUAAAUUAUGAAUUCGUUACCAUUUGAUAUAUUUUGUUCAAAACAUUCAGACUGUGAAGCACCAAUAUCUGUUAUUACCGAGAUCUUAUCAGAAAACGACCCUUUAAAAUUUGAAAAAAUCUCCAAUGAAUUUGAAUUAUUAGGAUUUACAAAAGUAAAGGAUUUGGCACGAGCAACCCUCGGAAAGGCCAGCUCAAUGAAAUUGUGUGGCGAUUCUUUAACACUGCUUUAUGGAGCUAUAGAGAUUUACAGUGAACACCUAGAUAAACUUCUACAAUCUGCAAAAUUAGAAAAUAAAAAUGGAAAUUUCAUCAAAACCCAAUUGAUAUGUGAAGAAUUACUUACACAUAAACCAACUGAUUUAAAUGUUAUCUUGCUUAAUGCCCAAUCAUUUCUCGAUCUCGGAGAUUAUGAAAAAUGCAUUGAUUGUUUGGAAAAAGCAAAAAAUAUUUAUCCCAGCUGUUAUGAAGUUUUAAAUAACUUAGCAUUAGUUCAUUGGAAAAAAUCUGAAAAUGAAUUAGCAAAACAAUAUUUAUCGGAAGCUUGUGAAUUAAAACCUUUUUGUGUCGAUACGUGGACAAAUUAUGCUAAUCUAUUAUUUAUUGCAAACGACUUGAACUCAGCUGAACUAGCUUAUGAACGGGUUUUAAGUCUAAAACCGGAAUUAUAUAAAGUACGUAAUAUGUACGGAAAACUACUAUUAAAAUUAAAUAAAAUAAAAGAUGCUAAAAAGCAAUUUAAGAUUGCCCACAACAGUGCGACAGAAUGUCCAGAAACUUUAAAUAAUUUAGGAGAUGCUUAUUAUAAGUGCGGUAAAUUUGAAAAAGCUAUUUCUAAUUAUAAAAAAGCUUUAGAAAUAAAUCCUGAUCUAAAGAAUGUUCAUGGUAGUUUGGGAAUAGCUUAUCUAAAAUUUACCGAUUUACAAAACGCAGUUAAUGCAUUUCUUAAAGCAAUAGAUUUAGAACCAGAAAAUGUGUCUCUUUUAAGAAAUCUAGCAGUUACGUACUGUCAUCAAACAAAUAUGGAAUUGUCUGUUGAAGUAUUCAAAAAGUGCUUAAAACUUCAACCUGAAAACUUUGAACUUAAUUUAGAUUUGGCUUUGAUAUAUUUAUGUAACCUUAAAAAUUAUCAAGAAUCUGUUGUAUAUUUAAAAAAAUGUAUCCAGUUAAAUCCGGGAAGAAAAGAUGUAUACAAGAAUCUUUUAUUUGCAUACCGGAAGAUUAAUGAUUUUCUAAAUGCCUCAGAUACUUGCAUGUCAUUGGGUGAUCUGUAUCUGGAAGAUGAUGAUCAAGAAAAUGCAAGAAAUGCAUUUACUUGGGCAAUUCUUAUGAACCCUGGUAAUCCAUAUGGUCAUUGGAAAGUGGGCCUGACUAUGUAUAAACUGCGUCAUUUUGAUUUGGCUUUAAUCAGGUUUAGGAAAGCUAUUGAAUUGAAGCCGAACUUUGCCGACGCUUACUGUGAUAGUGCUAUAGUUUAUGAAGAAUAUGGUCUCUCUGCAAAGGCCAUGGAGUAUUAUAAUAUGGCUCUUCAACUUCAACCAGACCAUUUAAAUGCUUUGAUUAAUAUAUCAAAUCUUAAACAAAAAUUGGGCCAACUUGAUGGCAUUGUUGACAUCUAUCAAAGAAUUCUAAAAAUUGACGAAUCAGAUGACUCAGAAGCUUUUGAUAUACAUUUUAAUUUAGCCAAUAUUUUGUAUAAGGAAAUAGGUAAUCUUAAUGAUGCUUUAACACAUUAUGAAAAGGCUUUGGAAUAUGACAAUACAUCUGUCAGCAUUUAUAUGCAUAUGGGAAAUUUAUAUACAGAUUUAAACAUGAGUAAAGAUGCAUUACGUUGUUUUUACAUGGCAAUUCAGCAUGAUAUACAUUGUUUAGAAGCUUAUAUUCAUGUAGGUUCUUUAGAAAAAGAUAGUGAUAAUUUCAUUAAAGCAAUUCAUGCUUAUGAAUUUGCAUUAAAAUUAAAACCAGAUGUUCCAGACGUAUAUUGUAAUUUAGUAAACUGUUUACAAAAAGUGUGUGACUGGUCAGACUAUGAUGUACGCGUGAAAAAAUUACAAGAAAUUGUCAGCAAACAACUGAAUGAUGAUGAUGUAUUGUCCUUGUUACCUCAUGAUUCAUUGAUGUUUCCGCUACCGCUAGAAGUACAAACUAAAAUUGCUACUAGGUAUGCACAACAUUGUGUUGAAAAAUUGAAAACAUUUAUUGAAGAACCUAAACAAUUUGUUUAUCCAACAUCUUUAAUAUCUUCCAAUGGAAAUCUCAGGAUUGGUUUUGUAUCAACCAACUUUGGUAAACACCCAAUAACAACAAUUAUGGAAUUCUUAUCCAGCAUAUACAACUACCAAAUAGAUGUCAUUUGUUAUUCUAUAUCUUCAAAUGAUAAUAUUCCAUCCUGGUUGAAUCUCUUUGAACACCAUAGAGAUUUGUCACAACUUAAAGUAAUUGAUGCUGCUGAAGUUAUAAAUAAUGAUGGAAUCCAUAUAUUGGUUGACAUGAGUGGUUAUACUAAGGGUGCUCAAACUGAUAUAUUUGCGCUGAGACCAGCUCCAAUUCAAGUUUCAUGGCUUGGUUAUCCUAGUACCAGUGGCGCAACAUUCAUGGAUUACUUAAUUACAGAUAGAAUAUGUUCUCCUCCUGAAAUUCAAAAUUUAUAUACUGAAAAAUUGGUUUAUACAAAUCAAACUAUUUUUGUUGGCGACCACAAACAGAAGUUUUCAAAUUUACGACAACGUCAAGUAGUUAUAAAUAAUACAAAUAAUCAAGGCAUUUAUCUUAAUGGAAACAGUGCUCAUGAAUUAGUAACAUUUGAAACCAUAUAUAUUGAAGAAGAACUAGCAACAUCUAUAAAAUCAUAUUCUAGAGCAACGUUCAACUUACCGGAAAACGUGGUUGUUUUUUGUAAUUUCAUUAAACUGAAUAAAAUAGACCCAUUUACCUUUCGUAUGUGGCUAACUAUUUUGAAUAAUGUUCCUAACUCUGUACUAUGGCUUCUUCAUUUGAAUGAUGUUGCCGAAAAUAACUUAAGACAAUUUGCUGAUGGCUUAAACUUUGAUACAUCACGUAUCAUUUUUGCUGACUUUAUUCCUAAAUACCAACACGUGAAUCGAAUCCAAUUGGCCGAUAUAUAUUUGGAUACACAUUUAUACAAUGGACACAUAGCUUGCUUGGAUGCAUUAUGGGCAGGAGUUCCAGUAAUAACGUUACCUGGAGAUACAUAUGCAUCUCGAGUGACGGCUUCACAAUUAAGUACUUUGGGAAUUACUGAUACUAUUGCUCAAAAUGAAGAGAACUAUAUUGAAAUUGCAGUACAAUUGGGGUUAAACAAACAAAUUUUGGAAAAUAUCAGAAAAAAUAUUUGGGAAUUAAAAAUGCAUAGUGGUCUGUUUGAUAUAAAUGCUUAUACCACAGAAAUUAUUUCAAUCUUAAAAAAUAUGUGGGAUAACUAAUCUGUCUUCACAUGGAUUAAUCAUGUAGAAAUGUAUAUUCAUUAAAAAAUCAGUUUUUUUAAAUGUUAAUCAGUUCAAUUUUUUUUUUUUUUGUAAAUUUGUAUGGUCUUAAAUUUAA